GUCACCUUUAACAAUGCCUAAUGAUAUGUUUGUUUGGUUGGUUGGUCACCCUGACCCUCGGGAACAGGCCACUGGGUGUCACUUUAAAAACAGAUCAGAUUUAUUGUAGCAACCUUCCUUGGCAACGCAAAGAGUCCAUGGCGACGUCAGUAGCGCUGUUCAGGCUCGUGUGAAGGAAUGCAGCUGUAAUGAAAAGUUCACUUCUUUUGACUCAAUAUGCUUCGAGGCUGCGGUAAAAAAUAGCGCCAAGUACAGUGUUAACUUCUGAUUGUAAUCCUUACAAUGGGAUGCGGCGCAAGCUCCAAGAUAACUGUUGUUGAACCUGUCAAACCUUCAAGCGAUAAUGAGCAUGACUCCCUGGAGGUGCAACGGACAGGAGGGGGCGACCGGGGGGACUCGGCCGUGUCUAAACACACCACAGACAGCGGACUAGGUCUGGAGGCGGCAGAGGGCAUCAUCUUACCUGGGGCCGUGCCUAGACAGCUUCCCCCGCUCAGAGCCAGCAGCUUGGGCCAGGCACAGAACGACACCCCCUCACCCAGACAAGAGUCCAGUGAGAUCCUGGAGCAGCUUCUGAAUCAGGGUAUCAUUUCAGCCCAGCCCAACACAGCCAGCAGCGGAGAGGCCUACAGCAUCACGAUGGGCGAUGCAGAGGGACCCCUCAGGAGGCUGCCACCCCGGCUAGAGAAGCUGAUGGUCAGGAGAGAGGAGCAGGGGACAGCCACGAAGGAGGACAUUGAAGAGAGGAUGAGACAGGCAGAGGAGCGACGGCAGACCAAAGAGGAUGAGCUGAAGGUGCGGCUCAGGACUAAGUCAGCUCGGCACCGCCAGGCUGCUUCCCAGGAGGAGGCCGAGGACCAGACUGUGGUGGAGGAGAUUCAGUUAGAUGCUCCCAGUACCCGGCACAGUCCACCCAAGACCCCGGACCACCAGAACCAUAUCAGUCCACCGGAGGGCAGGUUAGAGAGCGGGGGAGAGGGGAAAGAGGAGAGGGGGAGAGAUGGGGCGAUAGUGGGAGACAACGAUGGCGGAGGGAGAGAUGUGCCUUUGACAGACUCGUUGAACAUGGAGAGUGACUCCACUUUUCAGCAAGUUGAGGACAUAGAGGAGAUAUUUUAACUGAAAAUAAAGAAUUAGAUAUUAUAUGGGAGAGAUAGAAGCAUCCCCUUUUCUUGGUUGGGGCCUUUUAAUAGAAUAUCAAUGACUCAAUGAUCAAUGAUAUAAAUCAUAUGUACUGUAUAUUUUAACUAUUUAAAAACAAAUGGUAGGCCUAUACAGGUGUGAAGAUAUGGUUGGAUGAGAGAGAGAUUUUAGAUUUUUUGAAUCCCUCAUUGCUACAAACCGUUGCACAUACGCUGUGCGUAUUUGUGAAGUGAAAGAGAGAAUAGCUAUAUUUGUAGAUUUGUAUUGUUACAGUUUUGUGUUGUCUGUUCAAAACAACUGUUAUGUUGUGAGAGUCCAGGCUAACUGUAAUACAUCAAACCAAAAGAAACUUAAAAAUGCCAAUAACAUAAUUUCUCGUAGAAGAAUGCAAAUAUCAGGAAACAUGGUAUGGUCAUGGUAUUUUAAUUUUAGUGUGUGAAUUCCACCUCAGAAUUACUACCGCGAUGCCAAAUUUGCCCACUAGGUGGAGUGUGUGCAGUGUGUGUGUUGAUUUGGGUAGUUGACAGUGCUAUUCUCUGUUGACAGAGCUGACAGGUGAUGCGUAGUGGUCUUUGCUGUGAUCGUUGCUUGUAAGACGAUCUCUAUAAUUACUUUAGAAGGUGACUAAAAAGUAGGUCUCAUUAAAAAGUCAUUGUGUAAUGUGUGUUAA